AGAUGCAUCUUUCAAUACAAUAUUCAUGUAUGUAUUUUUUUAUUUUAUUUUUGCGAAAUUUUCGUUAAUAGUUCUAUGAUAUUAAUUGCAUCUGUUUCAGAUUCAAAAUCCUCGUUAACGGCACUGGAGAAUAAUACUUUUUCAAUUACAGUAAAUAGAUAUUACGUAAUUGAAUGGAAAUGGAAAAGUGUGCGAGUUGAUUUUAAAAUUUCUGACAAAACAUAAUUCUUUGCAGUUGAAUGAUUACUUAUAUGUAAGUUAAUGAAAGUUAAAUCAGUAUUUAAUUCUUACUUAUACAGCUGUUUAUUUUGAAACUUUAUUUAAGAAGAAAAAGAAGAUAAAAAGAAGGAAGAAGAAAAAGAAAUUGAAAGAAAUGAAACUCGUGUCGAAGACGACCGAAAGGUUCCGAAGGUGAACGAGCUUGUAGCAUAAUUUGAAAAGUGAUGCGCGUGCAUGUUGCGCGCAUACGCGUCGCGUUUAUGCGUUGCACGUCGUAUGCAUCGCAGUUGUGCGUUUACGUCACACUUCUGAUGCAGCAUUGCGUAUGUGUGUUGUGUGUGUGUGUAUAUGUACUUAUUUACAUAUGUUUAAUGUAUGUGGUUUUCUUAAAAGGAAUGAUAAAGCGCGGAAGUUACACUCUAUCAACCCUCCAGCAGAUGGCACUUGAUCAACCUGUCCCCAGGUAAACGUAGUUGGUGCGCAUGCGCGUCGACCUAUCGCUUUAGUAGAGCGGGGUGCUGGAGUCAGUAGUAGUGCGGCGACCGUAGCGAGGGGACAGAGGCUUUAUCGCAGCUGAGACGACAGACCGAUUUCUUAAGAAUAUUCGAAAAUGGGCUCAACGUAGUCAACGAAGUAAAAGUCAAGGAGGAAAUUACUAAAAGAAGAUGAAUAUUACACUCGUUAUUUGACCAGGACCAUUAGUCAGCAAUACAAAAUUUCAGUACAAAGAUUAUUUAACAAAAAGUAAAAGAAAAAGAAAGAGAAAAAGAAAAUGAAAUAAAAAAGAAAAGAGAAGAAAAGAAACGAUGAUAGAAAAAUCACUUUAAAGAAAAGUACAAUAAAAAGAAGAAAAAAUAAACGCGAGGACAAUCGUCACUAAAGUUACCUAAUUAACUAAUUAAUCAAUCAAAUCAACGUUGUAUAAAUCAGAUUUCUAUUGACGACUGAAAAGAAUAUACAUUCAUCGAAAUCGCGGUUGAUCUUAAGAAAUAUUUGGUGUUUAAAGUAUUGUGAAAUGAAAAAAGAGAAACGAAUAUUUUAAUUGUAUUAAUUAAGAAAGGAAGAAAGAAAGAAAGAAUAACGGAUACAAUCAAUUAGUGGUUAUAUAACAUACACGUUUGAGAAAGUAUAUGUAGAUGUUAAAUAAAUGAAUAAUUGUAUAAUUAUAUAAAAUGUUUAGUGUCCAUUGGGUCCACAUUUAAAGAGAUUAAAAUCUCUGUUUUUAUUGUUAUCAUUGAGAAUAAGAGAGGAAUAUAUUUCAAAGGAAGAAAAGUGGAAAACAGAAGAAAAAUUGAUUCUAAACAAAGAAUACUCUGUUCAGAAGGAAGAAUGUUGGUUUGAAUUGAAAAACUAACGAUAAGAAACAUCGAAAAUGAAUCUAGAAGUGGAAUUGAUCGCAGGGGUGAUUAAGGGUGGACCAGCUCCGAAAAAUUUACCUGCUCCAAGGCUUAUUAAAAUCUUCAUCGCUGGAGAACGGAACGAAUUUAUCGAGGAACGGAAGCAACUUUUAGAACUAGUCGGACCGGAAUUACAGUCGAUUUAUGAUGACAUGGGAAUCGAGGUUCUAUUGGUGGAUAUGCACUAUGCAACGAAUGUGAAUCCUGAUAGAAAUCCAUUCUUAGCCGAACAUUUUUUCGAUGAAAUAAACGCUGCUUAUCGACAUUCAAGAGGCUGUUUUCUCUUGCUGCUAAUAGGAGACGAGUACAGUACUGGAUGGCUGCCAACGAGACUGACAGAGGAAACUUACGGAAUUCUUUCCACUCGUUACUCUGCGAUGGAAGAAUAUUACGAACAGGAUAGUAAUUGCUACGUCUUAAAGGCUGGCAGGUACGAUACCGUAAAGGACAGUUGGCAAAAUUCUGAACCGACUAUAAGAGAAACGCUGAAGAAAGCUAUAGAAUCCGUCGUUUCUGAAAAAUCUGACAACGAAGAAAUUAGAAAUAUAUUAAAGAGUACCACGGAGAGACAGCUCGAAUAUGCUUUGAAAUUAGACGAGACAGGAGAAGGCAUUAUAGCGGUGACGCGUAGCUGGAAAGGAAAGAAAAGUUCAAAAGCGGUAUCGUCGUUAAAAUCUCUCGUAACUAGUAAUCUACCAGUUGACAAUAUAAUUAACGUAGAAGUAGAACAAAAGACAGGCGGUAUUAAUCCUGACAAUAGAAGCCACAAAGGAUAUCUGGCACAUCUUUGUCGUUUGGUGGUGAAUCGUGUACAAACGUUAGUUAACGCUUCGAUCGAAGCCGAUCCAGAGAUGAAAAGCAAGAAAAAAAUGGUGCAAGAGAUUUAUGCUGAGAGUCUGAUGCAUCUCGCGCUUCUUAGAGAUGUGAAAGCUUCCGAGGACAAUGAGAAUAUAGAGCGAAUAAAGCAGCUGUUGAUCGCUGGUAAAUCGCAGAAACAUGGGCCGAUAAUGAUAAAAGGUGGCAAGUACUCGGGAAAGUCUUCUUUGCUCUCAAGAAUCUACGCGGACGCUUCAUCUUGGUUAGAUUCUGCCACUUUCAAAGUGGUUCGCCUUUGUGCUUCCACUCCUCGAUCAGCGUAUAGCUUGGAAUUGCUUCGAGUGCUUUGUCAACACGUCGGCUUUCUGUCUGGCGUGUUAGAUGGAAACCUUCCGAAAGACGCAUCGUUCGAUCCUCUUUACUUGAACAAUUGGCUCGGUCAAAUUAUCAGACGGAUCGAAGAGGAGCCGCUGAAGGAGCAACUGCUGAUACUUCUCGAUGAUCUUCAUCGAUUGCAUCCACUCGAGUGUGAUAUCGUUGCUGCUCUUUCAUGGUUACCUACACAUUUACCUCCUGGAGUGCAUUUGCUAGUGACCACAGCAGUUCCCCCCGAAAUGCUGCGGUUGACCCCUGUACAAAAGGAAAGAUUGCGAAGUAACGAGAUUUUAAUCGAACUCCAAGACUCAAGUUUGGAUUCUGAAGAAAGUGAAAACGUUUUUGACACGUUAGAAAGAUUGAUAGGAGAAUGUGCGGCCAACAGAAUCGGUGCAAUCUUGGCAUGCACAGAGUACGGUUUAUCCGAAACUGAAGUUCUCGAAAUGAUCAUGCCCACCGGUGGUGGUGACGACGGACCCUUGUUUCUUCAAGAAGGAAUGUUCAAUUUUUCAACGUGGUAUUUGGUUAGAAGAACGUUUAACGAAUAUCUAAAGGUACGAGUAUUAAGUGGAAGACUGCUGUUCUCCUGGCAGUAUCCGAUUCGCGAUCUAGCUAGAAAAAGAUACUUCUCCAAUCAAGAAACCCUAAAGAGUUAUCACGGUGAGUUGGCAAAUCAUUUCUUUACCGAAGAUUUCGAAGACAAGGAUGACAAAUCAUCCCCUGAAGAAGAAACUCCUAAGAAGGAGACACCUUUCCAAAGCCGACCAAGAUCUCAAGACACGGCUUACAAUAUUAGACACGUCGAAGAAGCUUGGUUACAUUUAUUAAGAGCCGGAGAUGUCGAAAAGUUGAAGAAAUUAGCUGUCUGCGCUUUUGAUUUUCUUCUUGCCGCUGUACAGACGAUUUCUGUUAGUUAUUUAAGAUGCGUUUUGGAACAUUCGAGAAGAUACCUGCUAGAAAGAGAUUUAGAAUUGGUCUAUUACACCGUAAGAAAGUCGAGUGAUAUUUUGACAAGGGAUCCUCUUCAACUUGGAGCGCAGCUGAUCUGCUGGCUGAGACCUGUGGCCGAAGAUGGUGGUGACUUGGUGAGCAGAAUGGUCACUGCGGCAAUGGCUUGGUGCGAUGGAUAUACAGCACCAUUGUUGGUACCAUUAAAUGGCUGGCUUCAACCACCUUUACCUCUUCAAAUUCGGACAUUAUCUUGUCCACAAGGAGUGAAACUUGUUGAAGCGGCACCUUCUGGACAACACGUUAUAGUUGUUCCUUUUCAAGGUGAUGCUCAACUCUGGCACGUGAUGUCUGGACAAUUGGUUCAUACUUUUAAAGAUAUUUUAGGCCACUCGAGUCCAAUAUCUUGCUUAGCGGUAACCCAACAAUCCCAGUAUUUGCUAACUGGCUCUGAAGACACUUCGAUCAUAGUCUGGGACAUGAAGGAAUUUACCUUGAAACUGAGAAUCCAGGAACAUAUCGCUCCAGUAUUAUGCUUGACAUCUGCCCUCAAGAAUUCUGUGAUUGUCAGCGGUGGCGAAGAUUCUAGGAUCAUCGCCACAAGCUUGCUAACAGGUGACGUUCUGAUCAAGGUGGAUCAUCACAGAGGACCAGUGAACUCGAUUCUCGUCGAUUCAGCUGGGGAGAUCCUCGUAUCCGGCUCAUCUGAUUGUACAGUUUGUUUAUGGUGUCUGGUGAGAUUCACCUUGUUGAAGAGUAUCGUUCUUCCAUCUGCGGUAACGAUGCUGGACGUGUCAGCGGAUUCUGUCUUCCUGUUGGCGGCUUGCGAGGACCAGAAACUAUACCUGAGAUCUUUGGCCACGGGAACAGAGAUUCACACGUUGAGAGGGCAUCAAGGCGAAGUGAAGAGCAUAUGCUUGGCAAGGGACUGUAGAAGAGCGAUCGCGGGUGGAGCGAAGGGCAAAGUUUCUGUUUUUGAUAUGCAUAGUGGAAGGUUGACGAGAACCCUGCCAGCGAAUCCUUCGGCAGAUGUCACCGCUGUUAAAGUGACAGAAAAAGAUGACUUCUUGAUAACGGCUUCCGGUGAUCGAGUAACUUAUUGGAGCUUUCGAGGCGAAGAAGCACACGCGAAGGUCCAAAAAUCUAGUAAGCAGGAAUCAUUGCAUCCACACACAGCUCCCAUUUCGUGUUUAGAUAUAUCUAGAGACGGAGCAAUGGCGGUCACUGGUGGAGUCGAUUCCCUGGUGAAUCUAUGGCAACUGAACACACACGAGUUGCUGUCCACCUUCGAAGGUCACAUCGCUAGCAUCACGUGCAUCGCGUUCUCAGCUUCCGGUUUAUUCGUUGCUUCUGGUUCCGAGGACAAAACAGUCCGAGUUUGGGGGUUGACAUUGGGUUUAGUAGUAGCUACUUUUAAACAUCAAGCACCGGUUACCGCAGUUACGGCCAUGUUCGAUGGUCGACGAAUAGUCAGUUCCGACAGGGCUGGUACGAUUCGCGUUUGGGCAGCAGAUACAGGAACCCUCAUUCAAUCCGUCUGUGGACCUGGUCGUUGUUUCACUGUUUCUUCUGACAUGAGGUACGCUAUAUGUGGAACGGGAGACAAUCAGCUGCGAAUAGUGAGUUUAGGAGCCGGUCCUGAAGAGAAAUAUCAAGUAUCGCAUUCUCAAGAUAUUACUUGCCUGGUGGCUAGCCCUGAUUCUAGAUUAUUGAUCACGGGAUCCAGGGAUAUGAGUUUAAAAGUUUGGCAAUUAGCUGGUGGUAAAUUAUCACAGGUUCUCGUGGGACACACAGAUCACGUCACAUGUGUUGCGGUAUCCGUCCUUGAUAAGUCCAUCGUGGUGUCCGGCUCGAAGGAUGCCAACCUGAUCGUUUGGGACAUCAACACUGGCUCGGAUCUUCAUACUUUGAACGGUCAUUUGGGAUACAUCACGUGUGUAAAGUUAUCCGGAGACGGUACUCUUGCAGCUUCGGGAAGCGAAGACAAGAGUCUGAUUAUUUGGGACACGAAGAAAGGCUGUCCCCUCAACAGUAUUAUGUUGCACGUACCAGUGUUGGGCGUUGAACUUGCGACUGAUCUUUCAAGACUUUCUUUGCAUCUGCUCGAACACAAAUGCAUGCCCAUCCUCUGUUUCUACAAUACACCGGCUCAGUACGUUAAAUUACCAGACUACGUGGCUCCUUGGUGCGAUAUCAGAGACUUGAGACCUCCUGGCCCAAAGAGACCCAACAAGAGGCUCCUAAAGAAGGAGGUAUCGUUGGACAGUGAUACGUGGCGGAGAAAAUAUGGCCAUCUUACAUCAGGAGUAUUAAGAUCAUCGGUGGAUGACGGUCUCCAACGACGGUUUAGCGUAAGCGCGUCAAUGGAUGAGAUCAGCAAAGUCGGAUUAACGAGUAGUCCCUCGGGACUUGGUCCAGAACAGGCAGCUCUUGCUCAGUCGCAACACUUUGAUCAACUAGAAGCACUUUGGAACAAACAGUCGCCACCAGCUAGGCCUCGUUCUCAUGGUAGAACACUUUCCAAGCAAAGCUCUUUACAGGCUACACGAAUAUCCGAUUCGGAUGAGGAGGAGGAGGAGGAGGAGGAGGGCGUACCAGAUUAAAAGAAAAGAAACUAAACGGACUAAAUCCAAAUCAUAAUACCUACAUAAAUACCUUCUUCUUUCUUUAUUGUCUUUAUUGUCUUUAUUGUCUUUAUUGUCUUUAUUG